AUGUUUCCAAGUGUCUGUGAACGCAGCACCACCACUGGAGCGGAGUUGUUUUUCUCCCCACGCUCCGCGAACGCGCCGCGGUCUCCGCCCUCCCGGUGCUUUGACGUCAGCGGCGUCCGUCUCCGCACAUGGAUGGAGGAGUGCAGCGGCUCCCUCCGCCCUCCGCCUCCUCUCCUCCAGCUAUUUGCCAGCCAGCCUCGACGACAGACAGCCAGCCGCUCGCCGUCCUGCUGCUGCGCGGAGCCUCGUCUUCUCCCCUCCGAGCCCCCCGGCGUCGUCUUGACACCUGCGGGACUUCCACGGGCCGGAUAGCGAGUUCGGUCGCGUCUUUUUUUUUUUUUUUUUAAUUGCAGGGGGGGGGAAUUUAAGUCUUUGUGAGCUUUGUUCUCCAAUUGCCCUUCAAGACAUAUGGAGAAAAUGGCCAGACCUCUUCCUACAAACCCAACUUUUCUGCCGCCGACUCACGGCGUCCUGAAGUCGCUGCUGGAGAACCCUCUGAAGCUGCCUUUCCAUCACGAUGAAGGAUUUGGCAAAGACAAGGAGAAAGAGAAGAAGCUUGACGAUGAGAGCAGCGCCGCCAACCACCCGCAGUCGGCCUUCCUCGGGCCGACCCUGUGGGACAAGACCCUGCCCUAUGACGGGGACAACUUUCAGCUGGAAUACAUGGACCUGGAGGAGUUCCUGUCAGAAAACGGUAUCCCAGCCAACACAGCGCAGAGCGACCAGGCCCCACAGACGGCGCAGCCAGCGCAGGCCGCCCCUCUGCAGCAGGCCCCGCCACCCGCCCCGCCCACCCCCUCCGUGGUGGACCUCAGCAGCCGAGCCACCACGUCGGUUCACACAGGCAUGGCGCCUCAGACCUGCCUCCACAGCCCCAGCACAGCAGCCCUGCCCACGUCCCGGGACACCCCCAGCCCCAUUGAUCCAGAGUCCAUUCAGGUGCCCGUGACCUACGAUCCCGACCCCGCAGACCUGGCCCUGUCCAGCGUGCCCGGCCAGGAGAUGUUCGACCCCAGGAAGCGCAAGUUCUCCGCCGAGGAGCUGAAGCCGCAGCCCAUGAUCAAAAAAGCCCGCAAGGUCUUCAUUCCCGAGGACCUGAAGGACGAUAAGUACUGGGCCCGGCGCAGAAAGAACAACGUGGCAGCCAAGCGGUCACGGGACGCCAGGCGACUGAAGGAGAACCAGAUCGCCAUCCGGGCCGGCUUCCUGGAGAAGGAGAACGCCGCUCUUCGCAUGGAGGUAGCAGACUUGAGGAAGGAGCUGGGCCGCUGCAAGAACAUUGUGGCUAAAUACGAGGCCCGACAUGGGCCCCUGUGAGCCCCGAGUCCUCUCCUCACUCGCCCAUUCACCACCACCACCACCACCAAACCCCCGACACCCACUCUACUCCCCAGAACCUCCUUCUCUCAAGUUUGAAGGACAAUGUGUCUCUUUUGGUGGCACUGCCCCCUCCUCCUCCUCCUCCUCCCCCUCCACCACCCCGACUUUCUUAUCCUCACCCCACCUCCCCCUCCUCCUCCCCCACCAACACACACCUGUAUGAUUCUGGUAUUAUAACUGUCAUUUCGACUUCUAUCAUAAGCUUCAAUUCAUCUGUUCCUUCUCUUACUUUCUGUACACAUUGUUUGACUAAAUAUAUAUACAUAUACAUAGAUAAAUAUAUAUAUAUUUACACACGCAUACUUCCCACUUUAAUGUACUGUGAGGAGUUAUGAGCCAACCAACCAGCUGAGUCCGACCCCCCCCCCCGCUACCUUCCACUUUUGAGAAACGAUGCCAUGCUGUUUGUUGUUCACUUUCAUACCGAUUUUAUACGUGAGAUCAAGACUGAAAACUGUUGUUUCCCUUCUUCGUCUCUCUGUGACGUGUCCAGGAACCUGCUUCUAGCCUCCCCCCAAGGCUUUUGUUUUUAAGCCCUGUAACAGUUUUGUUCUUCUUCGACCCCCUUUCUUGAUGUUCAUGUCGUAUAUCGGUUGUCUAACCCUCCUCACGCUCUAACACUACUCUCCUUUAGCCUCUCUAACAGCAUCCGCGGUAUUCUAGCGUUUAGAUAGCACUUAAAAAAACACAUUUUUCCUGUGCAAUCCUGGCGCAGAUUUGCCGUUUUUGAAAAACCUUGUCGUUUUUCUUCAUCACUUGGACACUGAGCAAUAAUUCCUACCCACAGCUAAACCGUUCCUCAGCCCUCGCUGCUCACCCCGCUGGCAGAUCGCAACCUAGCGUCGUCCUUCGUUUCCAACAUCACAUCUUAGCUCACCUCCGUUAACUAAGCUAACCUUAGUUAACCUCUGCACUAAUGCGUGUCUCACAAUCUGAUCUGGUGCAAUGUUUCCACUCGCUCAAAAUUUCCUCCGCCUCAUAUUUAUCUACCUAUUAUUUCUCAGAUGGAAGAUUGUUGUUUUUUAUAUAUAUAUAUAUAUAUAUUCUGUUGAUAUAAUUGUUAGUAUUAAUACUACUCUUGACAUUGUUGUUGUUUAGCCUCCUCCUUGUUUUCAGAUUUAAGCAUGAUUUCUUUCACGAAAUGAAAAGCUAUUCGCAAAUCUUUUCUCUCUCUCUCUCUCUCUCUCUUUUUUUUUUUUGCAAAGUUGUUGAUAAUUCUUUUUGCUUCUGUUAAACUUAGCAUGAUUAAUAUGAGUGUUUUUAUUUUAGAAAUCAAUACAGAUGUCUGUAGUCUUUCUUUGUAGCUCUAUGUUUGCCUUCUUUUUAAAGAUGGCUGUAUGAAUGUAAAAGAUGUUGACAAAAAAAAAGUUGGAUGGUGUUGUCCAAUACUGUGGUUAACCCAAUCAAUUUGUUUACUGCAGACCAAACGAUUCACAACAGAGAUGAUAUAUUGGUUACAAGAGAUAUGUUUAUAAAAAACCUAUUCUAUAAGUUGUUCUUUUUGUACAGUAUUUUUCCUAUACAUUACUGAACUAUGUAUUUUAAAGGCACAACAGAUCCAGAAAAUUAUUAAAGAAUACAAGUAUAUAACUCAAAGAUAAAUGCAUAUAGUGGUAUUUUGAUAUUCUAUAUUAGGUAGGACGUGGUAGUUUUACAGAGAUUUGUGGACACUCAGCAGCACCCAAAAACCGCCUGGGCAUUAUUGCACUCAUUAUCAUCAUUAUUCUUACUAUGACAACACUCCUGCUUAUGUUGGUGCCGCCAUUGGGCUCCCAUGUCAUUCGAUUCAAAAGAAGCUGAAAAUGCAGUUCAGAAAACAAAGAAUGUACAGUUUGGUCUCUUUUAAAUGCCCACAUCGGAAAGAGCAGACACUGUUGUUUAAACCUCGACCCAACAUCUAAUAAGUCGUCCAGUGAAAGGCUUUUUUCUUUCUUUCCUCGGUGAAGGCUUUCUGUAACCGUGCAGCUUUAUUUGAUGGGAUGAAGUUACUAUGAAGGAAGGGAGAUCUAUAGCUGGUUACUAUUGCUGCUCUGUGUGUGUGAUCGGUUCCUUCAGUCAAUGCAGUUGUAGUGUGUCCCUGAACCUGAGUGAUGGACACUGGGAAGCUUUUUUCUUUUCUAUUGUAGUUUUUAGAGAGCAUUUCUCUUCAGUUAAGGCUUACAGUGGAGUCCCCCCAAAAGUUAGUCGUGUUUGUAGAGCAGCUUUCCGCCAAUCGAUCCUGUAUGUGACUGAUUUGUGUUUUUCAAGUCUGAUACGGACAUUUCAGAUCAAAAGUAUGGAAGUCCGAAGAUGCCAGUAUUAAAAUGGAGUAGUUCACAACUAUUCGCUUUUUCUGAUGUAAUAAAUAUGACGUUACAGUUCGCAGCCUCUAAGCUAGGAAACGGUUAGCCUGGCUCUACUGCAGCUAGCAGCUUCCCCAGUCUUUCCACGAAGCUAAGCUAACCAGCUGAUGGUGGUGGCUUCAUAUUUAUCACAUUUGCGCGAUUUUUAAUCUUUGUAAGAUUAAAACAUAAGAUAAUUUCUCCACAUGUGAAACUUUUAAUUUCAUCCAGUUGCAGUUUCAUUCUGCGUGCAAAAAUGAUGUAAAAAUUCACCAAGAUGACUCAUAUAACACGAAUGUAUUCCAUCCAUUUAUUUUGUUAUAAACAUUUUGCUCAAAUGAAAUGUAAAAGUCAAGUGUAAAAGUAAUUAUUUGUUCAUAGAGUCUCUUUUUUUAUUUGUUUGUUUUAGCGGUAAUUGUGCAUUUUUAAACGUUCAGUGGGGAAUUUGAAUUUGAGCGACUUCUUUACUUUCGUUAUUGGGAUCUCUGGACUUCCAUAUUUUAGUGGCAGCAUCUUGAAACAAUUUUUGUAUUUUCUUCCUUUUAAGGCGAGUAAAACCAGAUUUAAAGACGUAACAACCCUAAACUCAGUCAGAAAAGCCGACAUCCGCCCAGUAAAACAAAGCUCAUACAUUCCAGUCUCAGUCCCAGAGUUGCUUGAACGUUAUAGAUCCGAUCCAAAGGUGUGUGCGAUUUUAAGAAAAAAAGGAUUGUUUUCUAACCACAAACUGUCGUGUUGAUACUUUAGCGCUUUAGAGGGGGUUUUCCUUCUACACAGAUGAGUGUGAACAGGGUUUGCAGUGAAGAGUGAAGACUGGAAUGAUGCCUCCCAAAUCUCUGGAGCAUCUUUUUAAGAAAUUAUAUAUAUAUAUAUAGGAAAAAGCCAAUAAUUAAUCCAUGUGUAUCCCAAAAUUACCUCACUGUAGAGUGAUUUCACUACCUCACCCGGAAAUGUUAACCAUAAUUCUGAUUCUAUUCCAGUGCCUUGAAUACACUGACUGUUCCCCAGUCUCUCAGCAAUGUAAAGUCUUCAUCACAGCACCGCUCGGAUAGGUUCAGAUCUGCACUGAAGGGCUUCUUAGUGCAUCAAAAUCUAUAUAUUAUAUACACUGACGACUCUUUUUUUUCAUUUCUUAUUUUGGACAUUGCAACAGACUUGUAACCAUUGUAUUCAUGGCAACACCAACAGACUGUUUCAGCGUGUAUAAAAGUACAAUAUAAGGAGUAUUCGGUCUUGUUUGUCAUGGAAUGGAUGCAUAACAUUUAUUUGUGCUGUUCAGCCCUCAGCCUCUCUGUCUCUGUAAUUUGUAGUGUCUAAUAAAAUCCCAAUUCGUA